AUGCAUGCAGGCAUGCAUGUCAAUAUAUAUCGAUACAUGCUGGAAAUUAUAUUUUUUGAAUGGGUGCUCUCAAUCACCGUGCCUUCAAAGCAUCCUGAAGAUCACCACCCUGAAGAUUCAACUUUGCCAAGACUUGGCAGGCCUGAGCGCCUGAUUGGAGCGUCCCGCAUGACCAGGUUGGCUUCACUCCAAUCUUCCCAUGGAGCUUGCUCGAAAGCUAGAGGCUAUCAGGCACAUGAGGAGCACAGUCCUGCUUGGAAGAUUUGUAGUCCAUGCCACGAGCAAGACCAGGAAGAUGAAGGGGGCCUUUCAUCUUUGCCAUCGACCUGA